AUGAACUCGACUAUUCCUCGCUUCCGCGUAGUCUGUCGAUGUGGCGUGGUCCACCGGCAGGUCGAGUGUGAACCACGACCUGUUGUCCCACGGGCGCCGACAAAACGCUUCGUUUAUAACCUUUUCGACUUUUUUCAUCAGUUGACUCUCUCUCCUUAUCUUCCUCUCUCCUUAUUUUCCUCUCUCUCUUUCUCUUUCUCUUUCUCUCUCUCGCUCUCUCUCUCUCUCAUUCAUUAUCUCCGACUUGAUCGUCUUCCCUGCCUGUCAUCUUCAUUCUCGUUUUUCUUUCUCUUUAGAUUAUCUCACGAGCUGAAUCUUUAUUCUCCUACGCUUCUUCCUCCAUCUUUUCAGGUUUUCUUUUCAGAUCCCCCGACUCCAUCUUCAUCCAGGAUCGUCUCAUUCAUAUCUAGUUUUUUUCCCCCUUUCAUUUUCGGUAAAUUAUCCUCCCCUCACUCUCCUUUUCUUCCUCUUCUCACCUCCGCCUUUCUAUUAUAUUUAGUUUUUCUUCUUUUUCUUUUUACUAUCUUCUUCUUCUCUUUACUCGUUUCUUCGCUUUCCUCUUUCUACCUAUUUUCUUCUCUUUCUUCUUUCUUAUUCUCUUUCUUUUGCCACUCUCUACUCUCUUCUUCUCAUUCACCUCCCUCUACACUUCCUCUUCUUUUUAUCCUACUACGUACUUCUUUUUCUAUUUCCUCUCUCUACUCUCUCCCACUCAUUCACUUCUCUCUCCCUUUCUCUUCUUUUUAUUCUCCUUACUCUCUUCCUUUUCUCUUUCCUCUCUCUAUUCUCAUCUUCUUAUUCACCUCCCUCUACUUUUAUUCUCCCGACACUCUUUUUUUUCACGUGCCUCUCUCUACUCUCUUCUACUCAUUCACCCUUCUCUCUCUCUUUCUCUUCUUUUAUUCUCCUUACCCCUCCUUUUCUCUUUCCUCUCUCUCUCUCUCUACUCUCUUCUUAUCAUUCACGUACCCCAUCCUGUUCUCUUCUUUUUAUUUUCAAGACACUCUUUCUUUUCUCUUUCCACCCUUUCUUUCAUCUAAUCUCAUCUCCUCCUUCACCUCUCUCCUCUUCGUUUUCUCAUUCUCACUACAGUCUUCCUUUUCUCUUUCCUCUCUCCCCUUUUUUCUUCUCAUUCAUCUCUCUCCCCCUUCCUUUUCUUUUCCCGUUAGCUUCUCAACGGGUUUGAUUUUACCAUAG